AAUACAACAACAAGGGCAACAAUAGAAACAGUAACAACAAAAAUAAUAAUAAUAAUAAUAACAACAACAACAGAAGCAGCAACAGCAUCAUCUCGAUAUAAUUUGCAAACGCUCUGUCAAGGAAAAUAAUAAAUAAAAAAAAAAAAGCAGAAAAAGAAUUAGCUCAAACGAGUUUUGUUUCAAAAAAACUCUGAAAAGGAAAAAUAUUUUCUCUAAAUGAUAAAAAAAUCAAAAAAAAAAGAAACCAAAAGCUAAGAAAGGGAUUCGGAAAAAUUCACUCAAACAGCGCCAUACACUUACCCACUUCGGAUGAUAUGCUAAAACGUUAAACAAUUAUCACCAAUAAAAAGUAGCAACAACAACAACAACAACAACUUAAAAAACACAAAACGCAAACUCAACAUACUCAAGCAUUUAAAGCCGAGCAAAAGUUAAAAAAAACAAAAACAUAAUCGCUCCAUAACUAACGGAUUUUCUAUAUAUAAUAAAAGAAAAGAAAAAAAAAAACAAACCAAAAUUCUCCUUUACUCUCUUCCUCUAACUUAAGUUAUCAUUUAACGCGAGAGUUUAAACUACUGAACACUAAACAACGCAUUCUCUCCUUCUCCUUUUACGCGGAGCAACUCUUUGUUUUAUCAUUUUUGUUGUUGUUUGUUUGUGUUUUUUUUUUUUUUGCUUUUUUCUCACUUUACCAGCGCACAUACAUAACGUAAAAAAAAACAAAAAAAACAAAAAAGAAAGAAAGAAAAACAAAAAACAAAAAAAAAAAAAAAACCAAGCAAAAAGCAAACAAGUCAGUCAUACAUAGCGAGAAGAUGACCUUGCCUAGCGUUACUCCCGUAAAUGGUUGUGAUGAUGAUUCGGACAUGUUUGGUCCUCCACGUUCAUCACCACCUAUCGGUUAUCAUCAUCAUCGUUCGCGCGUGCCAAUGAUUUCACCAAAAUUGCGACAACGCGAAGAACGUAAACGCAUUUUACAGCUGUGCGCUCAUAAAUUGGAACGCAUUAAGGAUUCGGAAACGAAUUUAAGACGAAGUGUUUGCAUUAACAAUACCUAUUGUCGUUUAACCGAUGAAUUGAGACGUGAAAAACAAUCGCGUUAUUUAGCGAAUUUACCCAGAUCCGAAUCGAAACCGGAAACGGCUCGUGAUAAUAUCUUUAAUCCUUAUAAUAGCUGUGGCAUUGAUAAUAAUAAUCAUCAUCAGUUGACGGCGAAUAAAUCGAUGGCGCACGGUGAACAUCUAGCGCAUCAAAAUUCUAUCAAUAGCAUGAAAUCGAUCGACCACUGCAGUGACAGCAAUGUUUUACAAUCAAAUCAUUGUAAUAUGAAUAUAAUAAUUAAUGAGAAUUCCUCCUGCGAUAGCCAUUCAUCUACAUCUGCCUCUUUAGCGAAUACGUUAACAGCGACAACAAUAACAUCAACAACAACAGGAACAACAAUAUCAACAACAAUAACAACAAACGCAACAAGCUCGAUACGUAAACGACAACUGUGCUCAAGUAAUAUCGAUAACGAUUUAGAGAUAUUAGAUCGUGAAUUGAGCGCAAUUAAUUCACCGAUGCCUUUAAUUGAUCCGGAGAUAACACAAGGUGCCGAACAGCUAGAGAAAGCUAUAUCUUCACGUAAACGUCAACGUAGCGAAGAUGAGAGUGAUCGUUUAGUACGUGAGGCUCUCUCUCAAUUCUAUAUACCGCCACAGCGUCUCAUAUCGGCAAUUGAAGAUUGUCCCUUGGAUAUUGUAAAUAUGGGUAGCAUAUCACCCAAGUGUCCGAAAAUGCCGAACGGUUCAAAUGAUUUGGAAUUAGAUUUUGAUAUGAAUCAAAAUCAAAAAGAGUUUGAAGUCAUUAUGGAUGCAUUACGUUUGGGUUCGCCCAGUCCUACUCCUAGUGUCGGCAGUGAUACCUGCGGUCAAGCGGCCAUGAUGAGUGAAACGAAUGGUGGUGUAUUUCAUAAUUUGGUGGUAACAUCAUUGGAAACAUGAAAAUAUCAAUAAAAAAAAAGAGAAAAAUAUGAAUUUGAGAGUGAACUAUUUGAAAAAGAAGAAAAAGAACAGGAACAAGAAGAAGAAGACGAAGAAGAAGAAUAUGUGUUUUGAAUGUGAAAUUUUUCACAUUUCACUAUAUUUCCUCGCCGCUUUUUUCACCCCUGCUCCCAAAUAACAAGAAAUAACAAGAAGAACAACAGCAAGAACAACAACAACAACAAGAGACAAAAAAAACAUUUAAUAGUA